AUGGAGCUACGGAAUCUCACAGGUGUCUCAGAAUUUAUUCUUCUGGGUGUUUCCGAGGAUCCAAAACUUCAGUCUCUGCUCUUUGGGCUGUUCCUGUCCAUGUACCUGAUCACUCUUUCUGGGAACCUGUUCAUCCUCCUGGCUGUCAGCUCAGAUCCCCACCUCCACACACCCAUGUACUUCUUCCUCUCCAACCUGUCCUUGGCUGACAUUGGUUUCAUCUCCACCACCGUCCCAAAGAUGCUGGUGAACAUACAGACGCAGAGCAAAUCCAUCACUUACGUGGACUGCCUAACACAAAUGUCCUCCUUUUUUCUCUUUGCAUGUCUGGACAGUGUGUUUCUCACUGUGAUGGCCUAUGACCGACUUGUGGCCAUCUGCUACCCUCUGCACUACACAGUCAUCAUGAACCCCCGCCUCUGUGGCUUGCUGGUUUUGGUAUCUAUUUUAUUUAGCCUCUUGUACUCCCAGCUGCCCAUUUCACUGUUGUCACAGGUUACAUUCUGCACAGAUGUGGAAAUC